AUGGGUGGGGUCUCGAACCGGCGAAAGAACGACCGAGGUCCUUUCAAUCCCUGCUCGACAUCAGAUCAACAACGACUGACAAAGAUGACCUUCCAGCAAGAACUGAACUCAUGGUGGUCCCCAAAUGCCCCAGAAACAGCAGAAGUGCCCCAGGUCGGAAGCAAAGCACUCAACACUCCCAAACUGCAGCUUGAACCCGGUCGACCUGCUAUCCUGACAUUCCUUCGCCAUUGCGGAUGCCCAUUCGCAGAGAAGACCUUUCUCAACUUCAGAGAAAUUGCCAAAGACAACAAGGACCUCGAUUUCAUUGCCGUCUCACACAGCGAUGAGGAGGCAACAACCACCUGGCUUCGGUCCCUCCCACAAGCUGGCAGCGAACCAUCCAACCUACGUAUUGUAGUGGACGACAAAGUCGAGAUAUACGCUGCUUGGGGUCUGGGGAUCUCGAGCUUCGCUCAUACGCUGAGUCCAGCCAGUAUGUACUCUGUCUGGAAGCUCGGGCGGACAGAGGGGGUCUGGAACCGACCGACGGAGAGCGGAUCGCGAUGGCAGACUGCUGGGACGUAUUCUGUGGAUGGGGACGGAGUUGUGAGAUGGGGAGGGCCGGCGCAGAGGGCAGACGACAUCCCGGACUUGGAGGCGGCGGUGCAGAGCGUCAGAGGCGAAAAGUCUGGAGCGAAGCUGUAG